AAUUAAGCACAUGCGCGAUAACCUACAAUUUCGCUGCAGCCAUUUAUGUUGAUCGCAUUUUAUCAAGUGUAAUUCGAAAAAUUCAGUAUGACUGACUCCAUGAAUUUUGGUCCAGACUGGAUUCGCAAUUUAUCUUCCGAAGGAAGUACUGGUGGUGGUACCAGUGGAGGAACCCGAUAUCAACUAGCUGAUUUUCGGUAUGGACGAGAGGAGAUGUUGGCCUUAUUUGAUAAAAAUUCCAAACCACCGGCCUCUUUAACCAAUUUUAAAAGCCUUUAUUCUGAAACAAGUCUUCUGCCAUUAGCUUUAUUACCAACAUCUGAAGAAGAAAGGGGAUGGCAAGGUAGACCAACAACUCUGUCGGGACCCCCGAGAGGUAGAGGCGGGUCCUUAGAGCGAGGAGGUCGUAUAAGUAGGGGCCGAGGUGGUUACCAGUAUGGAAGAGCUUCGGGGUAUGAAAGCGGUUGGGGCAAUGGUGAACAACCGGAUUGGAGCCCUAGGAAGGAAUAUAAUCAAAGAACCAUGUCAGUGGAUAACUGGAGACGUUCAAGGAAUAAUGACGAUGACGAUGGUUGGAGAAAUGUUAGUCAGGGAAGGAGUGGUUUGUAUGAAAAAUGGGGGCGUUCUACAAGUUGGAGAGGCGAAGGAGAUGCAGAGGAAAGAAGUGGUCCCCCAGAAAGAGGUGGACGUGCCAAUUGGCAUGAUAUAAAUAGAGCUCCUCCUUCUAGAAGAUCUUGGGACAACGAGGAUCACUUACCAGAAUGGGCCACUGAAAACCCAACAGAAGGGGGAGGUACCUUCGACGAACGAGGUGCAUUCCAUGGUUCGGAUGAUGAGUUGGAAGGUAAACCUCCUAACAAGCGAGAAAUAGGACUUCAAAAGUCAACUUCACAACAACAGAUCACCAAUAAAAAUCAGCAUCCAUCAUUACCCUCUUCAAAAUCUACUAUGUCGCUCAUUAGUAAAUCUGAAGAAACUAACAAGCAAGUAGAGAACUGCAAUUUUUUUGGGAAUAAAAAAAAUGUUUCACAAAAUAUCGACCCACAUUUGAAUGGUUAUAAUAAUGUAGAUGGUAAUGAUGUAGAUGAUGUAAUUAAUGGCGAUGUAGAAAAUGGCGAUGUAGACGCUGGUGAUGUAGAUGAUGGUGGUGUAGAUGAUUGUGACGGAGAUGAUGGUGGCGUAGAUGAUAGCAAAGUAGAUAAUGGCGAUGUGGAUGAUGGUGGUGUAGAUGAUGGUGAUGUACAUGAUGGUGAUGUACAUGAUGAUGAUGUACAUGAUGGUGAUAUAGAUGUUGCUGUAGUAGGUGAUAGUAAUGUAGAUAAUAGCGAUGUAAAUAAUGGUCAUGUAGAUGAUGAUGAUGGCGAUGUAUAUUAUGGUGGUGUAGAUAAUGGAGAUGUAGAUGAUGGUGAUGUAGAUGAUAGUGAUGUAGAUCAUGGCGAUGUAAAUGAUAGUGAUGUAGACGAUGGCGAUGUAGAUGUAGAUGAUGGUGAUGUAGAUAAUAGCGAUGUAGAAUAUGGUGAUGUUGAUGAUAGCGAUAUGGAUGAUGGUGAUGUCGAUGGUAGCGAUGUAGAUGAUGGUGAUGUAGAUGAUAGUGCUGGAGAUAAUAGUGCUGAAGAUUUUGGUGAUGUAGAUGAUGAU